CGAGAAUCGAAAUCUUCAAUGAGUGCCUGCAAAGAGAUCCUGUCUCGAUGCUUAAUGAAGAAGAUCCAGAAAUGAACGAUCAUUCUGAGAGAAGAUCUUCCUACCACAACAGGCUCUUUUCGUUUUAGGUACCUACACGAAAUGAACGAGUUCCUAUGAGUUCUCGCACAGUCUAAUGACGAGGAUCCAAAUCCAAAAUCUUCCACUUAUGUACAUUACACGAGAAAACCAGGCCGCAUGUGUCUACGUCGUCUUAGUAGUUGGUGGUUGUACUUGUAGCUUCAGUUUGUAUAUUUCAACCCACAUUUUCUAGGUCUACUUGAUGUGUGCAUUUUUUGAUCAAUCCAUAUAACUUGCAUUUGAUUAAGAGUAGGAAGUACCCUGAUUCAGUUUCAGUACACAACAACUUAGUUCUGAUUUAUUAGGUGGUUAGAAAUUUGAUUUCGAUUUCCCAGAACAAAGAACGAAGAAGAAGAACUUUUUGAUUUUGAUAUCACUCAAGGAAACCAAUAGGAAAGAAGCCAUGUCGACAUCUUCUCCGUCUACGGCAGCCCGUUUCAACGGGGAGGGGAAGCAAACGAAAUAUUUGAUCGUCACUGGUGGUACAGUUUCCGGUCUCGGAAAGGGAACAGCAAUUUCCUCAUUGGGUGUGGUGCUCAAGUCUCACGGUCUCCACGUCACAGCCAUGAAGAUCGACCCAUACUUGAAUGUGGAUGCAGGUAGGGCGAUGUUCACUUUUUUUGAGAUGGAGUAGUUGACGAGAAUAAAUUACAUUUAUAGGAGGUGGUUCAUCUUCUAUUUUUAAAAUAUCCGAAUAAAUUCGAAAAUCAGUAUGGUGUCACUCAGCACAAGAAACUCACUCUAUCAAUAUUAAGUAACGACAAGGGCAACAACAAUCAAUCUCAUUCUUUACUAGAAGAGUUGGCCUCGCGGAUGGACAACAGACCAUAUCAGAAUAUUUAUCUUACAUCUGGGGGACAACUUUAUAACGGAUGAGAUUCAGGUAUUAUUUUGAGUAGUUAAAUAACUGAUGAGAUUCAGGUAUUAUUUUAAGUAGUUAAAUAACUAUUCGUUUACUAGGUACCAUGUCCCCCUUCGAGCACGGAGAAGUUUUCGUUCUGGAUGAUGGAGGUGAGGCGGAUCUUGAUCUCGGAAACUACGAGAGAUUCCUAGACUUGACUUUGGAGUCAGUCCACAGCUUGACCACGGGAAAGAUCUAUCAGAAGGUCCUGAAGAGAGAGCGUGCAGGCGACUUCUUGGGAAAGACAGUGCAGAUGGUCCCGCAUGUCACGGAUGAGAUUCAGGUAUUAUUUUAAGUAGUUAUAUAACUUACGGACAGAUUUCAUUUAAGUAGGUGAGGGGAUUAUAUACAACUUUGUCUUUGUUUUCAGUCUCGAAUCAGCGUCGGUCCUAGGAAGAUGAAAUAACAGUUUAUUAUAGCUUUUCUUUUUCUAUCGAUGACGAUGUUGAGAUGACUCUUCAGUAUGCCACAAUCACAAGUACACGGCACACGACAUGAAUCCGUUUAUUUGCACCUUUUUCUCACAGGACUGGAUCCAAGAAGUUGCCUCUAUGCCUACCGACAAGUCCGGCGAAAAGCCCGAUGUCUGCCUCAUAGAACUUGGUGGCACUGUCGGUGAUAUUGAAUCCGCCGUAUACCUCGAAGCAUUGCAGCAAUUUCAGUUCAAGAUGGGCGCCGAGAAUUUCCUUUCCGUCCAUCUCGGAUGGGUCCCCUACCAGAACGCUACGGGGGAACAGAAGACGAAACCAUGCCAGCACUCAGUCAAGGUGAUGCGAGAAGCCGGUCUGAAACCAGAUUUGCUCAUUUGCCGAAGCAAGGAGGCGAUAUUGCCAGAUAUCAGAAAGAAGUUAAGCUUGUUUUGCCAAGUCAAGGCGGAAGAGGUGGUCUCAUUACACGACGUGAGCAAUAUCUUUCGGGUGCCAUUAUUGUUGGCGGAGCAGAAUGUCGGAACACUGGUAAGAAGCGAUUUAUUUUAGUUCUUUUACUUACACAUGACUAUAAUUGUUCCUUUCAAAAUUUGAAGAACUCAAACUCUACAAAGUGAAAUUUUCUCAUGUAAGCGGAACCAACAAGAAAGAAUACUCCUGACUUUUAACUUGCACAAACAAUACAGAUCUGCAAGAAACUUGGACUUACGGACAGAACAGAGAUUAAGCAAGCGGUUCUCGGCGGCGUGAAUUACAAUGGAGGAGGUAUUAUUCACUCGUUCGUAUUCGUGGUUUGACUACUUUACGUCCUAAAAAAUUUUAAAAUCUUUCUUUUUUGUCAUCAAUUUUUUUAUCACAAUCACACACUAUCAUACACACACACACAGACGACCCCCUGAUCACUCGUCUCGGCGACUGGGCUGGUCUUGCUGGCCGUGUCGACCAGCUUUCCACUCCCCUCCGCAUUGGUAUGGUCGGCAAAUACACUGGGCUGACCGACAGUUACAUGUCAGUCGUGAAAUCCCUGCAGCAUGCAUGCAUUGAGGCUGGCGUGUUGCUUGAUCUGCAAUGGAUCGAAAGCACGAAUCUGGAGCUGAACACCUGCAACUCAGACCCGAAGAAGUAUGAAGAGUCAUGGGCGAUUUUGAAGAGCUGUAAGGGCAUUUUAGUGCCAGGCGCAUUCGGAAACAGAGGAAUUGAGGGGAAAAUCUUGGCAGCAAAAUACUGCAGAGAAAACCAGAUUCCAUACUUUGGUACUAAAUAGAUCGUUUUUUUUGUUCAUUGUGAAUUGUACUCUCGAAUUUGCUACGACGUGUUACCUUGUCUAUUAAAUAAGACGUAUACAACAUGGAGGCUCUCAACUGUUGAUAUAAACUCCCGGAAACUCCACAGGUAUCUGUGUCGGUCUGCAAGUCGCUACUAUCGAAUUCUGCCGCAACGUCCUCGGCCUAGAGGGUGCCAACUCCACUGAAUUUGACGAAUCCACGCCGCAUCCCGUUGUCAUGUUCAUGCCAGAGCAUUCCGCCACCAUCAUGGGCGGAACCAUGCGCCUCGGCGCUCGCUGCACCAUCAUCAAAGAUCAAACCUCUUUGGCGAGCAAGAUCUACUGUGGCGAACCCGUUGUCUUCGAGCGACAUCGGCACCGCUACGAGGUAAACACCCAGUACAAGCAAGCCCUAGAAAACGCAGGCUUUGUUUUUAGUGGUCAAGACGAACGAGGUGUGCGUAUGGAGAUCUGCGAAUUGAAGGGACACCCCUACUAUUGCGGCGUGCAAUUCCAUCCGGAAUUCAAGUCCCGACAACAUCGACCGGCGGCAACCUUUCUGGCCUUCAUCCUGGCGUCAUGCGGCGAAGGCAGGCUAGAGCAGCGAAUUGCAGCUGGUGGAGGCAAGCUGAAGAUUGGCGCUGGGUUUGCGGAAGAAGUAGUGGUUAGCGAAGUUGCGGCAUCUUCGAGCAAUACAGCGAGCAAAGGAACCAAGCAGGUAGCUGAACAAGUUAAAGAUGCUGCUAUUGGAGCAUGAACAACAUUUAUAAGUAGAAGUCCUCUUUUAGACAUGCAUCUGUUUUUAUACAUAGAAGAAGGAUCAUGUUGUUUAUGUCAUAGGCAAUUUAUUAUAGAUACGUAGUUUAGUAGAAUACGCUUAAAUCAUCUUUGAAGUAGAUGGGUUUCGCACCAAACCCCACAGCCAGCUUACUGAAAUGUACGACAAUUCUUUUACGCUAUUGAUAGUUAGGUACGGCUACGGCUGCGACAAGAAUGAAUACUUACAAGAAUGAAUACUGAAUCUUAGGCACCACGACCACCACCCUCCAAUCAAAGUGGGUCUUAAAGAACUAAAUCUAGCGAACAAAAAGUGGGGGCAAGAAUGCUCCUUUUCUUACAUGAUGCACGACUUAGUUCUAGUAUUAACGCAAGUAGGUGAAAACGACAUUGUUUGGACUUUGGAAUGAAGCAAAGGCGCAAUGGGUGGGCAAAGAUUCACACCCCUGGGAUACCACAUACAGAGUUGACUCCGACGGGCGAGCGAGAUCGUUUUGGCUGUCUCGAUGAUAGUCGUCACGAGUGUUCCACCAUAGCCAUACUUACUAGGGUGACGCACGACGUUGUUGAUGCAGCUUUAUUGAGAUAAAGUUGGUGAGAAGAAACAACGUCAUACACAAGAACUUCAUUCAUGAAUACUGAAAGAGCGAUGUGUGAGCGACGAGCGACGAGAAAGAGAGACACACACUUCAAAAGAGAAAUACUACUUCGUUGUCGUUCUUGAGAGAGAAAGAAUUCCGAAAAAGCAAGUCCUAAAAAACGGGACUCAUACUUUCAAUAUUCUGGCAAAUUAUUCUCAAUACUACAGCGUCACGGGAAGAAGCCAAGGUCGGAAGGAAGUGCAGCAGCGGAAACACCAGAGUUAUGAGUUCAGCAGGAAUAGAAUUUCGAUUUGUAUUUGUAAAUAGAUCAUCUAGGUUCCUAUUCUCAGUAUGUGACUACAGGUUGAUAGAUCAUUACAACUCUCAAUCUAAUAAUCUACGACUCAUCUCAUGUAGGCUUCUCUGUUCGCUUCUCCUCUCCUCUAUCUCUUUGUUCUCUCACCUGGCACUUAAUAUCUCACGCUUAACACGCUAUUAAUCGUCAGUGCUCUUUUGCAUAGAUAUAGCUUCCCAGUACAUAGCUUCCACCUAGUACUUAUGACGAUCUAGAUGGAGAUGAUCUCCUUGUUCAUAAGGUCCUUCUAACAAAAGAUGCAGAUUCUCCAGACGCAGACUCCAAGAAACCGGUUUCUCUUGCGUCAAAAGGAUCAGCGUCGGACGGAGACAAGUCAAAGAAGACACCGUAUCUUUAUGAAGAGACAAGAAAGGUCUUCUAGUUCUAAUCAUUGUUGACAAAGAAUCAGGGUACUACGUAGUAAGUACUAUAUUAUAAAUGCACACAACAACUAUAACAUAGAUCGACAGGACCAGACAAAUAUUUUUACAACACUUCUUGGGUUUUUUUACACGACGGACCGUUGGUUCAGUCUGAUACUUUGAUCUGACACUGACACCAUGGUCUCUCAUCUCUAGUAAAUUGUAUCAACAAACAAGGUCGUGGAGGACUCCACAGAGUACGUCCAUGUCUGAUUGCGUCCCCUAUCAAAGACCAAGGUGGAGGACUCCACAGAGUACGUCCAUGUCUAAUUGCGUCCCCUUCCUCGCCACGUUGGGUCACCUGAUAGACUGCAGCGCGACAAUAGUGGAAAAUAUGAGAUGCAGGUGGAGGGUCCAGCUAGUUUUCGCAAUCCUCAUUUUAGUUAUGGCCAGAAACAGAAUCUAGAGUGCUCAACAUCUUUCUCACCAUCUCGCUCUACUUGGUAUCCUUCUGUUGUCCCCAUAGAAGAAUGCGUUGAAUGGGAACAAAGGAACUGCCAAGAUGAGGAACUGCCAAGGCAGUCUCUAAGCUACUGGAGGUUUGACAACACCGGACUCACCAGCAUGGGAGGGGAGGAAGACGAGUUCGAAAGGGACAGUUGAUGGAGGGGAAGAUGGAAAGGCUAAAUGAGAAACCAAAAUGAAGAUGAACAUCCAAUGUUUAUUGAAGAACAUCAUCCAGAUCCAGAUAGGCAUUUGACUUUUUAACGUACAUUGCUGCGUGGUUGACAUGACUGAGUGGGAUAAAUAUACAUAGAGGAAUUUAGAUUCCAAAAACAUACUUUUUUAACAUAAUCCUACAUUACUUCCACUGUUCUUAUCUCUUGACAUUCAUUCUUCGAUCAUAGACAGACCAACCGUCUCCUAGCACAAUCAAUUCCUAAACAACCAUCCAUAGGGAAAACAGCGCAUUAUAUGAUAUAGUCUCUUGCAGAAACGCACGACAGCUGAAAUGAAAAAACAUGGAUCAUCGCAUCUUAUGAUUUUCAAGAAAUUCGAAUUCCAUAAUGACGUCCUCUAGAAAAAUUAUUUUUUUAUCUAAAGUCCUACCUCUAUCAGAAUAUUUUGAAUAUUUUAUAACAUAGUUAGUCUUAGUAGUAUGUACCGGGAACAAGGAGGCUACCGAAAAAAGCGACCGAGUCCCUGUGAUCGGGAAUCAACAUUCAUGCAUAGGAAAAUGAAUGACCAUCAUCCUACAUUUUUUAUGUUGCUCUAGAGAAGUGCAAUUCUUUUCUUGUCUAAGGUCUACAUUUUUUAUGUAUACUACUAACUUUUCUGUGCGAAGCAAGUAGAACUUUUUCAAUGAAUUUCUUCUUGCAUAUCUUUCGUUCAGUUGCUGCUCUUCGAGCAGGAGAAAGAUUAGUAUCAAAGACAAAGUAGACAACAACACAUCAGAAACUCUAAAAAGCGCUGCUGCAGAUCUCCGCUCACGAAGCAUGGACUGCCAAUAAAGGGCCGUUUAGGACUCGGUUAGGGUUACUGAAUGCCCAUUUUUUCAUCCACAGGGUGGACCGUGCGCAUUCACUCAAGCGAAGCUAUCCCACUCUCGUAAUUCAUA